AUGAUCGACCAAGUACUUCAACAAUACGAGUACAUCAAGUACAUGGUUGGCCACGUUCCAUCAGACUUGACGACGGAGAACAUGUCAGAUCUGAUUCAUAUGCAAAAAGAAAAGGAAAGAGAACGCUUCCUUCGAUAUCUGUUUCUGACGGAAAGUCGAAAGCUCAAAGACCGUCAAAAGAAAGCUGAAAAAUCAGCGCAAUACCAACAGUUCAAUGAGCAAAGGUCGGAGCGAACUUUUGGCAUUUUUGAUGAGCAUGGCGAGCUGAGUUAUCGUCUUUGGGGGAACACACUGAUGUCACGAAUCAAUGCUCGUUGCAUUUCUCACUUACGAACCGAACCAAAGCUUCGCUACGCCUCGCUUUUUGGCCAGAAGCUAAUUAUUGAUCUUGACUACGAUGAACUAAUGACCCUAAGUGAAUGUCGCAUUCAAGUGCGCCACAUUGUCAUGAUGAUGGUGAACAAUCUGAGCUACAGUGAGCCGUACGAUAUUUACUUCACCAAUUGCGACCACACUAAACCGACUAUGAAAAGCUUAGAGAAGUACUACGAGACGACACCUUUUUCACAACUGGCUUUCGAUGAUCAUUUUCUUAGCAAAAGCUACCUGGAUGCUUUUAACAAGGACCAGCUGGUGUACUUGACACCGAACGCAACCGAAAAGAUGCAAGAGUAUAAUCACGAUGAUAUUUACAUUGUCGGAGGGUUCCUCGAUAAAAGUUGCCUUAACAAGCCAGCCAGUCAUAUGAAGGCAACUCGUGAGGGAAUACGGCAGUACCGCCUUCCGCUAGAUGAGCACGUUGUAUGGGGCUCAGGGUCAUCAAAGCAUCUAUGCAUCAUGCACAUGGUUGGAAUACUGAACAGCCUCAAAGAAGGCAAUGACUGGUCAACGACGCUGCAGACUAAUAUUCCCAAGCGAAAGCUGAAAGACAAUGAAGUAGUGCUGCGGGAAGAAGAAAAGAGGCGCGUCGCCUACUUGCGAAGAAAACUGUCAAUUGAAAAGGAUAACUUUAAUUUGAGUAAACUCCAGCAGCAGUUGCUGUGA